AUGGACAUGAUUUCCCAGUUCUGGUUACCCAGUUCAAGUACCCAUAUAAGGUCAGCAAGUUCCGUUCUGAUGCGUCAAGCAGCCACCGGUUUGUGCUUUUUACAAACUCGACAGCAGCAGCAACAGGCGAUCUCUUUUCACUUGGGGACUGGGACGACGAAUAACUUGGGUGUUGCGAUUUCCACUCAUACACAUCAGCAGAGAAUCCGGAUCAGAACGAGUUUCGACCCCGAGAUGGAACUCCCACGCCUCCAGCUGUGGUUCAAUCAAAAUCCUCAUCCCUCUCGAGCCCAGCUCCAGAUGUAUGUCCAAGAGUUAAAUGCCCUGGAUUCUCGUCGGACCCGAAAGCCGUUGGACGUGACGAAUGUGAUGUACUGGUUCAAGAACGCCAGGGCGGCUCAAAAACGGGCAGAACUGAAGCAUCAGCCUUCCCCUGGCUCCUCUUCUAACCACACCCACCCACAUCCUUUCUGUCUACCCAACAGAGAGAGGCUCAUCGCUCGUCAAAAGGAUGGAUAUGGAGAAGGUGAAAUGCAUGAGCCUCAGGAAGAGGAAUCUGGAAGUUCAUAUGGAAGGCAAAAAGAAGACUUGCCGACGGAAGAUGAAGAGAUCGAUGUCGACGACGAAGACUCGACGGCUUCCAAUGAACCGCUUUGUCUCACCAGGAAUGACAAGGUGAUGCCGGAGGGAGUGUGGAUGCCAUCCCUGGUCGGUGGUCACGGUCAGGGCCAGGGGCCGCCGCCGCCGACGCCUCACGGCCACGGUCAUCACGGACCGGGGCCGGGGGAUUACAUGGAAAGCCUGGGUCUUCAUCUCACGCCCUCCUCCGUUCUCGGUCAGAGGAUGGUCUACAUGUCGCAGUACAUGCCCCAGUUUGCGGCUGCGUGUGUCGCGGGUUUCCCUUCCACCUCUGCUUAUCAGGGGAAUCCCGAGGAUCGCAAGAAGAGAAACCGCACCUUCAUCGACCCAGUCACUGAGGUCCCACGCUUGGAGGCAUGGUACCAGGGGAAUUCUCACCCAUCUCACUCGCUGAUCAUCCGUUACACGCAGGAGCUGAAUUCCAUGCCCUACCGCCAAAAGUUCCCCAAGCUGGAGCCCAAGAAUGUUCAAUUCUGGUUCAAGAAUCGCCGGGCGAAGUGCAAGCGGCUCAAGAUCCUCUCGGAGAAAUAUCUGGAUUCCAACGGGGUGUGA